AUUCAAGCCUAUUGGAGCCAGUGGUGGCUUGCUCAAACAAGCAAUGAGUUGGGCACAGAAAUACAAUGUAUGGGAGUAUGUGGUUGGUGGAAAGAAAGGCAGAAACAAACCUGCAAUCACAUUGAAUGAAAAGAAAAAUUUGACUAGAAAACACACAAAGAGAGGACACCCUGAAGUUGUUGUCAUUGAUGAUAUGCCAUUACAAGAAGAAAUGGUAGUUUUAACAAAAGAAGUUAUUGUUCUUGAUUCUCCUGAAUCCAAAAAACCCUUGCAUGAAAUCCUACRUGGAAGAGAACCUCCUCACUCUUUUGCUCAAUCAGCAACACCUCUCCRUCCACCUGAUGAGUUUUGUAAAGGUCACAAACCAAGAUUAACACUCUCCCAAGAUAUACCAAGUACAGGAAACUCACAUGGAAUUGUUAGGCAUGACAAACAAAACCAAKCAAGUAUCCCCUUCUAUCACAGAGCAACACAUUUUGAAAAAUCCACCCUAAAUACAGAAUCUUCAAAUAGCUCAUUUACAGUUGGUAGAUAUUCACCAUCAUAUGGUAAAGUGCGUAUAAGGAAAGCCAAGGAAGCUUUAAGAAAGCCUAUUUCAAGACAGCAUAAAAGUACUGUCAGAGAGGUUGUUAGGCUGGAUGAAAAGCAACGUUAUAUGCAGUUAUUAUCACAAUUCACCACAUCUCCCCUAGCCCAUGAUAACAGCAUGAAAGACAAAGAAAAUCAGUCUAUUGCUAGACAUGACUUGACAGAUGAGAUAGUAUUCAGCARACCACCUGUUUCUCAAAGAAAUGUUAUCAGACAAUCUGAUCAAGCUGUCCUAUCAACAAGAUCAAGCUUACUGCCAAGUCAUUCACUUGUCAGAGAACCAACUGUAGUAAAAGUGAAUCUGUCCCUGGACAGGACUCACAUUCCUAAUAAGCAUGUUGAGGAUCUCCCCAGCAUAUACUCCAAAACAAAGUCGUUAGAAUUAGAAAAUAGCACAAUUGUUCCACCAACAUCUAGGUCUCAAAAUCAAGAUUGUCUGAUUAGUGAAGAAUGGACAAAAAAAUGGAAAGACAUUUUGAGUGAAGAUAACCUCUCAAGAGAAAGGGAAAAUGCAAGAAUUCAAAGAGAAGAGAAAAGGCUUCAAGAACUAAAAGCCAAGAGAAAAGAAGAACGACAAGCUGCUGUGGAAGAGCUGAAGGCAAGGCUAUAUCAUGAAGAGGAGGAAGAAAGUGAAGAGGAAGAAGAUGCCGAAGAGUUUCCUACCCUGACAGAUGAAAUAGAAAGAGAGAUUGAUUGUGCCUUGGGCCCAGGAAACCCUAGUGAAACCUUGGCUGACGGAGGCAAAGUGUCUGUAACACGUGGUGAUAUGGUAACCUUAAGCAACCUCAACUGGCUCAAUGAUGAGGUAAUUAACUUCUACAUAAGUCUCAUAACAGAAAGAAGCAAGUCCCCUGGGUAUCCUAAAGUUCACUCCUUCAAUUCAUUCUUUUACCCAAAACUAAUCAAGACUGGAUAUGACAGCUUAAAGCGCUGGACAAGAAGGGUUGAUGUAUUUCAAUUUGACAUCAUCAUUGUGCCAAUUCAUCUUGGUAUGCAUUGGUGUUUAGCAGCUAUUGAUUUUCGCAAUAAAACGAUUAAAUACUAUGACUCUUUGAAAGGACCCAACCCACAAUGCCUUGAAGCCCUCAAAAAAUACCUUUCRCAAGAAUCAAUGGAUAAAAAGAAGACACCUUACGACACCUCUGACUGGACUUUAUCUUGUCCAAAGGAUAUUCCAGAACAGCUGAAUGGAUGCGAUUGUGGUGUGUUYGCUUGUAAGGUAUACAGCAUGUAUUUAAUAUGUAGUAAUGUUAUUAAGAAUAGGACACGUAACACACUGGACAACUCUUCACGUCAUUGUGAAAGAAGUACUUUUUAUUAA